AUGGGAGACAACCAGUCCUGGGGCACAGAAUUCAUCCUGGUGGGGUUCCAGCUCAGGGUGGAGCUGGAAGUGCUCCUCGUUGGGCUCUUCUCCCUUUUCUAUAUCUUCAGUCUAUUGGCAAAUGGCGUAAUCUUGGGGCUCAUCUGCCUGGACUCUAGACUGCACACCCCCAUGUACUUCUUCCUGUCACACCUGGCCAUCAUUGACAUGUCCUAUGCUUCCAACAAUGUCCCCAAGAUGCUGGCAAAUCUUGUGAGUCAGAAAAGAACCAUCUCCUUUGUUCCGUGCAUAAUGCAGACCUUUUUGUAUCUGGCCUUUGCUGCUACAGAAUGCCUGGUUCUGGCGGCGAUGUCCUAUGACAGGUUUGUGGCCAUCUGCCAUCCACUCCAGUACACUGUCGUCAUGAGCUGGAGAGCGUGCACGGUCCUGGCUGUCAUCUCCUGGACAUGUGGAUUUAUUCUGGCUCUGGUCCAUGCAGUCCUCCUUCUACGGUUGCCCUUCUGUGGGCCCUGGGAAGUGAAUCACGUGUUCUGUGAAAUUCUGUCUGUCCUCAAACUGGCCUGUGCUGACACCUGGAUCAAUGAAGCUGUCCUCUUUGCCGCCUCGGUGUUGGUUUUAGUCGGGCCUCUCUGCUUAAUGCUGGUCUCCUAUGCACGCAUCCUCUGGGCCAUCCUAAAGAUCCAGUCAAAGGAGGGCCGAGUAAAGGCUUUCUCCACCUGCUCCUCCCACCUUGGCGUGGUCGGACUCUUCUUUGGCAUAGCCAUGGUGGUGUAUAUGGUCCCGGACUCCAGUGAGCAGGAGGAGCAGGAGAAAAUACUGUCCCUGUUCCACAGCCUCUUCAACCCAAUGCUGAACCCCCUCAUCUACAGCCUCAGGAACGCUCAGGUGAAGGCUGCCUUCCGUAGAGCGCUGCACAUGAGGUCCACAUGA